CAUAUGGUCAACGUUCUUUGUUUUCUAGUUUUAAUCAUCAAUCAACAAGUCAAUUCAUUUUCUCUAUUGAAACAUCAACAUUUAAACAAUUUCCAACAACAUGAAGCUCACUCUAUUCUCUACCUUCAUAUUUGUAACAGCUGCUUUAAGCACAAUAUUGCCCCAAAAGGCAGUCAUUGUCUCAUAUCCUGACAAUACCCCAAAUGAGGAGGUACAAAAGGCUAUGGAUGCGAUCAAGGCUGCCGGGGGCAUAAUUACACAUGAGUACAAACUUAUCAAGUAAGUAUGCUUAACACAACUAUCUGCGUAUAUAUCUAACUGUUUUGACAGAGGGUUUGCAGCCAAAGCUCCAGCUCAGGUCCUUGCCACUAUUCAAUCGUUGGGAAAUGAUUAUCAUGCUGUUAUCGAAGAGGAUCAAAUCGUUAGCGCUAAUAACUGAAAAUUGAUCUCGAAAAUGAGAUAAUAUUGAAAAUUGGCCUGUUCAGGAGCUUUUAUUUGUCGAUGGCGGAAUAUCUGACGUUUGAAAGAGAUACCAGGCAUUGACGAGGGAUCAAAUGUUGACUCUGGAUUGCAGGAUCGGCGUACAUGAAGGCAUUGGGAAACUGGAGUUGGUGGUCUCGGGACAUUGUUUAGAAUGAUUAGAAUAAUGGUGAUCGGUCUCGUCAGCAUGCUCGAGGAUCAGGACUGACAAUUCGAUUGGCACCACAGAACGAUCUUAUAGUCUUGCAGCUUACAUGUUUCCCACACGUAUAUGCGGGCUUUCAUUUUCGAUUGAGCUGAAUUGAAUUGUCUUUACACACUCUUUUAUAACAAUACAAUUCUCUCGAUUUAUCAUACACACUUUUCCGUUCGCAGUGGAGAUGCUGCAUAUUUCAUUUUCUUCGUUCGGGCGGGAUUGAAUUCUUCAUAGAUGUUAAAGUGCUUUAUUGCUCAAGGCGAUGAAUGGCCAAUUCAGAUUCCCAUGGUCAGUCACACUUAUGGGACCACCAGACUAAUAAUAUCAUGGAUUCC